AUGGACUUGGGUCUCUUGGGCAUGCCAGGUGCCCCUCAGGGUCGCAGCAAGACCCUGCUGGGAGCGCGGAGCAGGGGCCCGGCCGUGCGUCGGCAGCGGGAGUUCCUGCCGGAAGAGAAGAAGGACACGGUUUACUGGGAAAAGCGGAGGAAGAACAACGAAGCAGCCAAGAGGUCCCGAGAGAAGCGGCGUCUCAACGAUGCGGCUCUGGAGGGCAGGCUGGCCGCUGUGCUGCAGGAGAACGCUCUGCUCAGGGCCGAGCUGAGAGCGCUCAAGCACCGCUUUGGCCUCCUGUCCCCUGCUGGCAGCACCCGUAGCCUGCCCUUGCAGGCUCUGCUGUGGACGACCCCCUGGACUGGAGACCCCCUUUCUGGGGCUGAGCCACUCCCAUCUCUGCCUGGCUCCCCUGGCUGCGUCUUGAGGCCCUGUUCCCUGGAUGCUGGGGUCCCGGGAUGCCAGGGCUGCCAAGUGGCUCACAGGUGGACCAACCUGGCAACUUCCUCCAGGCUCCCCCAGGACCCUGCCGCCCCUGACCCCAAGAGAAUGGACAUGGCCUUGCAAGCUGCCCUCCCAGCCACCUUCUUUAGCUGUCACCUCCUGAGUGGACAUGGGGGGCCCAGACCUGAGCUCAGGCCCUGCUGGGGACUGUGGUCUCCUGUGCCCACUGGUUGCCAGGCCUCAGGGCCCUCAGAUGUGUUACUGACACCCGCUGUUGAUCCCAUGGGGCUGCCUCCCAGGGUGGCUUGCCCUGUCCCAGGGAACCAUCCCGAGGGUCUGGCUCAGCCCUCCCUGCCCCACAAACUGCGCAUCAAGUCCCGAGCCUCCAGCAGAGCAGCCGGAGGCUGCAAGGGUGGCCAGGGUCCCCUCUGA